UCUCUUCGCAUGCCCCCAAACCCGACGCGCCGCCGCGCCUCGCGCAGCAGCAGCAGCAGCAGCACGACCGUGUCAUCAGCAACAGCAGGAGCAGCCGGGAGGCCAUGGCCGGGGCGCCCGACGAGGAGGCGUUCGAGGAGGUUGACCCGACGGGGCGGUUCGGGCGGUACGCGGCCGUGCUAGGUCUCGGCUCCGUCAAGAAGGUCUACCGCGGGUUCGACCUAGAGGAAGGGAUCGAGGUGGCGUGGAACCGGGUGCGCGUUCGCGCCCUGGCGGACAAGGACCCCGCCAUGGUCGACCGCCUCCACGCCGAGGUGCGCCUCCUCCGCUCCCUCCACCACGACCACAUUAUCGGCUUCCACAAGGUCUGGCUCGACCGCGACCACGGCGUCCUCAACUUCAUCACCGAGGUCUGCAACUCCGGCAGCCUCCGCGACUACCGCGAACGCCACAGGCACGUCUCCGUCAAGGCGCUCAAGAAGUGGGCGCGCCAGAUCCUCGAGGGCCUCGACCACCUCCACACCCACGAUCCCUGCAUCAUCCACCGCGACCUCAAUUGCAGCAACGUCUUCAUCAACGGCAACACCGGCCAGGUCAAGAUCGGAGACCUCGGGCUGGCGGCGAUCGUGGACAAUACCCACCUGGCGCACACGAUCGUGGGCACGCCGGAGUUCAUGGCACCGGAGAUGUACUCGGAGACGUACACGGAGUCGGUGGACAUCUACUCGUACGGGAUGUGUUUGCUGGAGAUGGUGACGCGGGAGAUGCCCUACGCCGAGUGCGGGAGCGUCAUGCAGAUCUACAACAGCGUCACCGGCGGUGUGCCGCCCGCCGCGUUGAGGCGACUCAAGGACCCGGAGCUGCGGGGAUUCAUCGAGCGUUGCAUCGGCCAUCCCCGGGACCGCCCCUCGGCGGCCGAGCUCCUGCAGGACUCUUUCUUCAAUAACAUCGACGACGACACCACCGGAACGAUAAGCUAACGCCAAGCAAUCUGCGUCUGUCAACCUGACUAAGCUAGUUUUAGAGCACGGUGCUGUCUGCAGAGUUGUUUAUUUUAAGCUCCGUCAAGCAAGCGAGCAGAUGCGUAUACGCCAUGUAAAAAACGAAUUGUAAGAAAGAUAAGUCGAAAUAAACAUUUUCUAGAAAA